AUGUCUUCAAUGAAAAAAGCCGUCCACCUGGCGUUCUGUCUCGCGUGGGUUGCAAUCAGUGCCAGCGGCGCAGAUGAUAUCGACGCAGGCCACCAAGUCCCACUGCAAGGUGAGACUGCAGCGGAUGCCCAUACAAGACAACACCCAGAACUGCCUGUAUUGGGCUAUGUCACGCCAUGGCAUUCCCGGGGAAAGCAACUGGUUGAAGAGUACCGCAGCAGCUUUGACAUUGUCUCUCCGGUCUGGUACACUGUCCACCCGACCCAGGACGAUGCAGAGGUGUACACGGUGAGGGGCGGACCGCCAGACAAGGACGACGAGGAGUGGUAUCUGCGACUACAGAAGCCGUCACCAGCUGGGUCGAAACCGCUCCAGAUUGUGCCAAGAUUCUUCCUCGAUGGCUGGAUGCAAGAUGACUUUCGACAAUUAGUAUUCAACGAGACCCGAUGGUCGGGUCUUGCCAGUGCCAUUUUGCGGGUCGUCGAGGACAUGUCGUUUGAUGGCGUGGUUUUCGAAUCGGCCGUCUCGCACGCCCUCCACGGUCCGCUCUCUGAGCUUGCGCAACGUCUUUGGGACAAGGAGAAGACCAUGGUCCUUGUGCUCCCUCCCACGAGGAAGCACGAUGAGUCACUCAACGAUAUAUCAGAACAGACUGUAACGCUGCUCGCCGAUGUAGUCGACUACUUCAGUGUCAUGACCUACGAUAUGACGGGACCUGGCGGGAACGAAUGGGAGGAGCCGUUUCCAGCCAGCAGUCCCCUUCAUGCAGCGCAACAGCAGCACAAGGUCAGAGUGCCUGGCCCCAACACCUCUGCUGCUUGGAUCCGCCAUAAUAUCAUGGCCCUGAGCAAGCAGGAAUAUGAUGGCCAACAAGAGUUCUCGAAUCUUCAGUCGAGAGAUGCCUCUAAAAAGGUGGGAUUGGGAAAACUUCUAAUUGGUCUUCCACUCUACGGCUACAAGUACCCUGUCCUUUUCGCAGAUAAAGACAAGGGUAGGAUCAUUCAGGGAAGCGACGGAGAGGAAGAUGAGCUGUGCAUCUUGAGGGGACCUGGCGAGGCAGUGGUAAUGUCUCAGAUUGAAGAGCUGAUCGAAGAACACCAGCCAGAGUUGCAGAGAGACGACGACGACGAGCCCGAGUAUUACUUUGAUUAUAUGGAAGAUGGCGGUUCUUGGAGGUUAUACCUGCCCACGGCAAAGAGCAUGGCGAAAAGUCUCAAGGCCAUCAGCCAGAGCUCGGAGAGUCUGGGCAGUGCUUGUGGUGUCGCGUUAUGGGAAGUAGGGCAGAGUUCGACAGAGCUUCUGCUUACUCUCUAA